AUGGCCGGGUUCGCUGAGCUCGGUCUGUCUUCAUGGCUCGUGGAACAGUGUCGGCAGCUGGGUUUGAAGCAGCCCACACCCGUGCAGCUCGGCUGCAUCCCCGCCAUCCUGGAAGGUCGGGACUGCCUGGGCUGUGCUAAGACAGGCAGCGGCAAGACGGCAGCGUUUGUCUUGCCCAUCUUGCAGAAGCUCUCGGAGGAUCCCUAUGGCAUCUUCUGCCUUGUCCUGACACCCACCAGGGAGCUGGCCUACCAGAUCGCAGAGCAGUUCCGGGUCCUGGGGAAGCCUCUGGGCCUGAAAGACUGCAUCAUCGUUGGCGGCAUGGACAUGGUGGCCCAGGCCCUGGAGCUCUCCCGGAAACCACACGUGGUCAUCGCCACGCCAGGGCGCCUGGCUGACCACCUCCGCAGCUCCAACACGUUCAGCAUCAAGAAAAUCCGCUUCCUGGUGAUGGACGAGGCGGACCGGCUGCUGGAGCAGGGCUGCACUGACUUCACUGUGGACCUGGAAGCCAUCCUGGCAGCUGUGCCAGCCCGCAGGCAGACCCUGCUCUUCAGUGCCACCCUGACCGACACACUUAAGGAGCUGCAGGGCCUGGCCACCAACCAGCCCUUCUUCUGGGAGGCUCAAGCCCCGGUGCGCACGGUAGAACAGCUGGACCAGCGCUACCUGCUGGUGCCUGAGAAGGUCAAGGAUGCCUACUUGGUCCACCUGAUCCAGAAGUUCCAGGAUGAGCAUGAAGACUGGUCCAUCAUCAUCUUCACCAACACAUGCAAGACCUGCCAGGUCCUGUGCAUGAUGCUACGCAAGUUCAACUUCCCCACGGUGGCUCUGCAUUCUAUGAUGAAACAGAAAGAACGCUUUGCUGCCUUGGCCAAGUUUAAGUCCAGCAUCUAUCGGAUCCUGAUCGCAACAGAUGUGGCCUCCCGGGGCCUGGACAUUCCCACAGUGCAGGUGGUCAUCAACCACAAUACCCCCGGGCUCCCAAAGAUCUAUAUCCACCGAGUCGGCCGGACAGCCCGUGCAGGGCGGCAGGGACAGGCCAUUACACUGGUGACACAGUAUGACAUUCACCUGGUUCAUGCCAUCGAGGAGCAAAUCAAGAAGAAGCUGGAGGAGUUUGCGGUGGAGGAGGCUGAGGUGCUGCAGAUUCUCACACAGGUCAACGUGGUGCGGCGAGAAUGCGAGAUUAAACUUGAGGCAGCCAACUUUGAUGAAAAGAAGGAAAUUAACAAGCGGAAGCAGCUGAUCCUGGAGGGAAAGGACCCUGACCUGGAGGCCAAGCGCAAGGCUGAGCUGGCCAAGAUCAAGCAGAAGAACCGGCGCUUCAAGGAGCAGGUGGAGCAGGCGUUGCAGCGGCAGAAGGCCGGGGCGACUGGCCACAGGGGCCGUGUACCCAGGGCUCGGCCGAAGACUCCUUCAUCAAACUGA